GAACUAGGGUUUCUUCAACAUCGCUAGAUCUCUAAUCCACUGGUUGAUGAAUACCCAUUUCAUAAUUUUGUUUAGCUUUUGGUAAAAAAUUGAAAUUGGAGCUGUCAACAACAAUUUAGGGUUUUCCAGAUUAUGUGUCUAUUGAUUCAUCGGUUUUAGUCAACGAUUGAUUCGUGUAGCUUAACUUGUUAAUUGGUAAAAUGUGUACAGAAGAAGAAUGAGUAUGGAGAUGGAAUUGUUUGUCACUCCAGAGAAGCAGAGGCAACAUCCGUCAGUGAGCGUAGAGAAAACUCCAGUGAGAAGGAAAUUGAUAGUUGAUGAUGAUUCUGAAAUUGGAUCAGAGAAGAAAGGGCAAUCAAGAACUUCUGGAGGCGGGCUUCGCCAAUUUAGUGUUAUGGUUUGUCAGAAGUUGGAAGCCAAGAAGAUAACUACAUACAAGGAGGUUGCAGAUGAAAUUAUCUCAGAUUUUGCCACAAUUAAGCAAAACGCAGAGAAGCCUUUGAAUGAAAAUGAGUACAAUGAGAAGAACAUAAGGCGGAGAGUCUAUGAUGCGCUCAAUGUGUUCAUGGCCUUGGAUAUUAUCGCAAGGGAUAAAAAGGAAAUCCGGUGGAAAGGACUUCCUAUUACCUGCAAAAGGGAUGUGGAAGAAGUCAAGAUGGAUCGUAAUAAAGUUAUGAGCAGUGUGCAAAAGAAGGCUGCUUUUCUUAAAGAGUUGAGAGAAAAGGUCUCAAGUCUUGAGAGUCUUAUGUCGAGAAAUCAAGAGAUGGUUGGGAAGACUCAAGGCCCAGCGGAAGGAUUUACCUUACCAUUCAUUCUACUUGAGACAAAUCCUCACGCAGUAGUCGAAAUCGAGAUUUCUGAAGAUAUGCAACUUGUACACCUCGACUUCAAUAGCACACCUUUCUCUGUCCAUGACGAUGCUUACAUUUUGAAACUGAUGCAAGAACAGAAGCAACAACAAAACAGAGUAUCUUCUUCUUCCUCUACACAUCACCAAUCUCAACAUAGCUCAGCUCAUUCUUCCUCCAGUUCUUGCAUUGCUUCUGGAACCUCAGGCCCGAGAGAAGAUAUCAUCAAAGAAGAAAGAUCGAAGAUGGUUUUUACUUCAUUUCCUACUUAUCCUGAUCAUUCAUCAAACUGGCAACAACAACAUCAACCAAUCACAACCACCGUUGGAUUCACGGGAAACAACAACAUCAACCAGCAGUUUCUUCCUCACCACCCCCUCCCUCCGCAACCGCAACAAACGCCUCCGCAGCUUCACCACAACAACGGUAACGGUGGAGGCAGUGGUCCCGGUGGACCUGGCGUGUUAAUCCGUCCAGGUUCGAUGGCGGAAAGGGCAAGGCUAGCCAACAUACCACUGCCUGAAACAGCCUUGAAGUGUCCAAGAUGUGACUCAACCAACACCAAAUUCUGUUACUUCAACAACUACAGUCUCACUCAACCUCGUCACUUCUGCAAAGCAUGCCGUCGUUACUGGACACGUGGCGGUGCUCUAAGGAGCGUUCCCGUCGGUGGCGGUUGCCGUAGAAACAAAAGAACCAAAAACAGCAGCGGUGGAGGUGGAGGUGGCGGUAGCACCAGUAGCGGUAACAGCAAGUCACAAGACAGCGCCACGAGCAACGACCAAUACCACCACCGAGCCAUGGCUAACAAUCAGAUGGGACCACCGUCUUCUUCAUCUUCUCUUAGCUCGUUGCUGUCUUCUUACAACGCAGGAUUAAUCCCCGGACAUGAUCAUAACAACAACAAUAACAACAACAACAUACUUGGACUUGGAUCAUCUUUGCCUCCUCUCAAGCUCAUGCCUCCUUUAGACUUCACAGACAACUUCACCUUACAAUACGGUGCCGUUUCAGCUCCUUCUUAUCAUAUAGGCGGUGGAAGCAGCGGUGGAGCGGCGGCUCUUUUGACCGGUUUUGACCAGUGGAGAUUCCCGGCAACAAACCAACUUCCUUUAGGUGGUUUAGACCCGUUUGAUCAUCAAAUAGAGCAGCAGAAUCCGGGUUACGGAUUAGUUACCGGGUCGGGUCAGUACCGACCUAAGAACAUUUUCCAUAACCUUAUUUCCUCUUCUUCUUCUGCUUCAUCAGCUAUGGUUACAGCCACCGCGUCGCAAUUAGCUUCAGUGAAAAUGGAAGAUAGUAACAAUCAGCUCAACUUGUCUCGACAACUUUUUGGAAACGAACAACAGCUCUGGAAUAUUCAUGGCGCUGCUGCAGCAUCCACCGCAGCCGCAACAAGUUCGUGGAGUGAUGUCUCUAAUAAUUUCAGUUCUUCUUCUACUAGCAAUAUCUAAUCAAUCAUAUCUCUCUAAGGAAUCUAUAUGUGAUGAUGAUGAUGCUUUUAUUUAUUUCUCAUUGGGUGUGGUAUGAUCUUAUGUACUUAGUUUGAAGUUAGU